GUGCUGAAGUCAGAAAUCUCUGGGAAGAUGGGGAUCUUUGUAUAUCUUCUGACUGGGACUUUAAUCUUAAAACUGACACAUGGGAAUAGCUUCUUUACAUGUGAACCUAUAAGUAUUCCAAGAUGUUCUGGAAUGGCCUAUAAUAUGACAUUUUUCCCAAAUAUGAUGGAUCAUUAUGAUCAGGACACUGCAGAUAAGCACAUGACGCCAUUUGCUCCUCUUUUGAAAAUCCCGUGCUCUCCUGAUGUCCACACAUUUUUAUGCAAAGCAUUUGUACCUUCCUGCGUGGGAAAAAAUCAUGUAUUUUACCCAUGUCGAAGUCUUUGUGAAAGAGUUUACUCGGACUGUAAAGAACUAAUAGACACUUUUGGAAUUAUGUGGCCCAAGGAGCUCGAAUGUGACAGGUUGGAGGAUUGUGAUGAAACUGUUCCUGUCACUGCUCUUCCAGCCUUGAGGACACCUGACACUCGGAAGACUCCAGGACAGCCUAGAAGGGAUUAUGGAUUUUGGUGUCCACGACACCUGCAGACUUCCAAUGGACAAGGCUACAAAUUUUUAGGAAUUGAUCAGUGUGCGCCCCCGUGUCCCAAUAUGUACUUCAGUGAUCAUGAGCUAGAUGUUGCCAAAAGCUUCAUUGGGAUAGUUUCAAUUUUUUGCCUUUGUGCCACUCUAUUCACAUUCCUAACAUUUUUGAUUGAUGUUAAACGGUUCAGGUAUCCAGAGAGGCCGAUAAUAUAUUAUUCUGUUUGUUGCAGCAUAGUGUCUCUGGUAUACUUUCUUGGGUUUGUCCUAGGUAAUCGAAUGGCCUGCAAUAAGGGAGAUGAAAAACUACGAAUAGGUGAAAUGGUUGUUCUUGGUUCUCAGAACAAAGGCUGCACAAUUGUUUUUAUGGCUUUGUAUUUCUUCACCAUGGCAGGAACUGUUUGGUGGGUGAUCCUCACAGUUACUUGGUUCCUAGCUGCUGGACGAAAAUGGAGCUGUGAAGCUAUUGAACAAAAAGCAAUGUGGUUUCAUGCAAUUGCCUGGGGUGUGCCUGGCUUUCUCACCAUUAUGCUUCUUGCCAUGAACAAAGUGGAAGGUGACAAUAUCAGCGGCGUUUGUUUUGUUGGUCUCUAUGACUUGGAUGCUUCCCGAUACUUUGUCCUACUGCCUUUAUGCCUUUGUGUCAUUGUUGGACUGUCUCUUCUCUUAGCUGGCAUAAUUUCUCUAAAUCAUGUACGGCAAGUCAUACAGAAUGAUGGCAGGAAUCAAGAAAAACUAAAGAAAUUCAUGAUUAGAAUUGGUGUCUUCAGCGGCUUAUAUCUUGUACCUCUAGUGAUGCUCUUAGGAUGUUACAUCUAUGAGCAGGUGUACAGGAAGAUCUGGGAAACUACAUGGGUCGCCGAUCACUGUGAUGAAUUCCAUAUACCCUGCCCUUAUCAGGUGAAGGUAUUAAAAAGGCCAGAAAUAAUUUUGUUUCUGAUGAAAUAUCUGAUGACCUUAAUUGUUGGCAUAUCUCCAGUAUUCUGGGUCGGAAGUAAAAAGACCUGUUCUGAAUGGGCAAGUUUCUUCAACAGAAAUCGCAAAAGAGAUCCUAUACGUGAAAGCAGGAGAGUGUUGCAAGAGUCGUGUGAAUUUUUCUUAAAGCACAACUCUAAAGCUAAGCAUAAGAAGAAGCACUACAAGUCCAGCUCUCAUAAACUGAAGGUGAUCUCAAAAUCUAUGGGGACUAGUACAGGGGUCACAACCAAUCAUGGAACUUCUGGUGUGGCAAUUGCAAACCACGAUUAUUUAAGCCAAGAGACUUUCACUGAAAUCAAGAGCUGUCCAGAAACAUCUGGGAGAGAAACAGAAGCAGAUGGGGUGCCCAGCCAAAAAGUGGAGAAGGAAGGACGUGCCUGCAGUGAGCAGAGUGCAUUGCAAAUGUCAUCAGGCUCUAGAGUGGCUUCGGAACAGACAGAAAAAAGAAGGAAGGCAGGCAACGCACAAGACACGACCAGCGUAUCUGAAAGCAUGAAGAGGAUGCUUGAAGGAAGGACAACUCCUAAAUCUGACGUUAUUGAAAGUCUUCCACUCCAAGUCAGUCAUCCACACCUUGAUGUUUCCCAGUCAGAGACUACCAAGGAGUCGGUUUUGCCACUUCCUCACUCAUCUUCUGAUUCCAGAAAAGCUCCAGAGUCUGGUAACAGUUCAAAUGGUUAA